AUGGAGGUCGCAAACAAUUCAUUUACCAAGCUCCCGGACGACGUCGUUUGCGAAAUCCUCAAGAGGCUUCCUGUCAAACCCCUUUCGAAAUUCAAGUGCGUCUGCCGAUCAUGGCUGUCCUUGAUCUCCAGCCGACGGUUCAUCAAAACCCACCUCAUGAAUUCGACAAAAGACCCAAAUUUCACCUACCACAGGGUUAUCCUGCACUCGCGUGGCAGUUUCAGGCACAUCUCAGCCCGAUCCCUGUUGUCCGAGCCCGUUAUUGAUUCCCUUGACGUCGAUUUCUCGAUUCAUCGUUCACCGAGAAACCUAAUCUGGGUCGUGGGCUCUUGCGAUGGUCUGCUCUGUCUCGCCAUAGACAAAAAAGACUUGAUUUUGUGGAACCCAACCAUCGGAGUUUCCAAACAACUCCCCGAUUUCGGUGUCGAAAUAAGCUGCCGCAGUUAUUUUGCAUACGGGUUUGGUUAUGACAAGUCGAACGACGAUUACAAGGUGGUCGGCUUUUUCAAUGGUAGUUGGGAUUUAUCUGAGGUGGUAGCCAAAGUCUACAGCUUGAAGGCCAAUAGAUGGAAAGCUAUCCAGGGUUUUAAAGGUCGUUGGCUGAUGGAUGAUCCGGCCACGUUUGCUGAUGGGAAACUUUAUUGGAUUGCGAAUUCUGAUCUUGAGAUGGAAUGUGGAUGGAACAUUGUUUUUCUUGAUUUGUCGACUGAGGAGUAUGGAGUUCUGGAGAUGCCGAGUUAUGUGAAAAGUGGGUUUUAUUCGAGGCUGGGGGUAUCUGAAGGGCGGCUUUUCGUGAUGUGCAGCCACACGAACCGGGCAGACGUUUGGAUUAUGGAUGAUUAUGUGAAUGGAAAUGGGGGGUGGGCGAAUGUGGUUACAAUCCCUUAUGUUGAUGAUUUCUUGACGUAUCACUAUAAAAAGGUGUUGUUCGUGCUCGAGAAUGGGGAAGUCAUGCUUAUUUGUGGUUCGAAGCUCGUGGUUUUCGAUGCCAAGGACUGCUCUUUCAGGUACCCAGAGAUGAGAAAUUUGAGCGUGCUUUUUGCGGCCAGCAAUUAUUUCGAAAGUUUAGUUUCUCCAUUAGGCAAUGGUGAAUAA